GCCAUGGCAAACAUCACCGCGAUAAGAUGUCAAUACGAAGAUCGACCGUUUUUACCAACGAACUUAGACGUCACGAAUAUGAAUACAGAGGAGUUCUUCUUGAAAUCAACAGCAAUUUAACGAAGAUUCAGAAGAAAGAGCUUCACUUCUACUAUACCCACUAUGCCGAAGCUGGUGAAACCCUGGAACUUUUUCGUUCCUUAGAAGAUGACAAAAAGAUAUCGUGGGAAGACGUGCGUUUCCUAAAGGACGGUUUGCGCGCUGUACAAAGGAAGGACCUUGUCGAUAUCGUGACUGAAUUUGAAAACAAGAGAAAUCUUACUUCUCUUGUCCAUAUGUACGCAAGGAAACGGCGGGGCUUUGAGGAAUCUUCAUGUUACUACAAUUCGAUCGAACAGGCAGCCGCGUAUCUUGAAAGAACGACAACGCACGGAGUUUCCCCGGAUGGCAGAUUUUAUAGAUCAUUGCUGGAAUCGAGAAAGAGUAUCGAGAAAGUCAUAAGCGAGUUCGACGAGGCAAUCAAACACGCAGUUUUGGAUCCGUGGAGACAGCUUACUCUUUUGGUUGUUGUUGCUGGAGAAAUCGUCGCGGAAGCCUUUAGAAUGAGCGAAGAACGUCGUCUAACUUCAGAAGUAAUCAGUGAAAUGUGCAGGAGCGCCGCUGAUGAGCUUUAUUGUCGAAUGCAGAAACUGGGAACAUGGGUAAGUUGACGAAUAGAUAUCGUCAGGUUUUUUUUUCUACUAACCAAGAAUAUAUCCAGAAGUUUUUCUGCCAAGGCUUUUAACAUAUUACCAAGGACGAAGUUAGUCGCGUCUUCUUACUUCGCGCGGUAGCGAGAGGCGCAAUCGACUUUUUGAUGUUAUGGGAGCGUUACCAAAAGGGAAACGCUUCGCAAGCAGGGUAUCAAGAAUCAGGAAAUUCGUUUCAUAUAAAUUUGUGUGUGUGUGAGUAAUAUUUACAGAAAAUUACAUACAUGACAUAAUGAUACAGAUAGCCAUGAUUUAGUAUCACGAAUCAUGAUGACAGCGAUGUUGUUGGAGGUGCGUAUACCGACAUGGAAUUUGAAACCAAAUCCGAUGUCUUCUGGGAUUCAACACUGAAACAUGUACGCGCAAGUAUAGUGCCAACCGAAGAGACACUAGUUGGUUUAGUGUGGUCAGGAACUAAGGAGGGAAAUCCAUAACGUCCUUUUCUUCUUUUGUUCUUUGAGUCUUUUAGUUCGUAUCGAAUGAAAUCCUUGUAAUCGAAACGUUUCAUAUUUUGAAAACCUCGUGCUAAUCACAUGCAAUGUGACCAGUGGCGGUGAUCCGGAGACUUUGACCAGAAGUUCUUCAUUUUGCCGUGUAUGAUGACUGUAAGGUCAAGUAAUACGGGCAACAUUUUCGCACAACUUGUCGCGCAACAUUGUUGCGUUGCAAGUUGAAAAGCGUUGUUGCCCGUAUUACCACCCUCGCUCUCAACUUGUCACGCAACAAAUUUUGAUGUUGCAAGUUGUGGCAACAUAUUGCGCAAAGUAGACCUGAGUUCUACUUUUUGCAACAAACUUUCAAUUUUAUCAUUUGCAUCACAACUUCCUACACUUCACAACACUUGUGAUUGGUCAAUUUUCCCGCACCAAAAACGCGGGAAAGAUGGUGAGUAAGCGCGCGCUUGACCUCGGGCAUGUCCGAUUUGGGCAUGAAGUAAACAUGGCCGAGGUUGUGGAGGUUGAGAAUGCUGAGACCCAAGAUUGUGAAUUUAUUAGUGACAAAAUGUCACAGGCCCAAAGAAAAGAUUUGUGCAAAGAACUUGAAAAGCACUCUUGUCUGUGGGAAACUUGUGGACCAGAGUAUAAAAACAAGUCACGGAGGUCAAGAGCUCUGGGCCCGGUUCCUCGAAAGAUGGUUAAGUUUAACCCAGGAUUAAGCCAAAUUUCCAGCAUGGUUUUCUCGUCUAAGAACAUGCAACUCGAGGUUACAAUAUACUGUUUAGUCUUUAUUACGAGAUACAGUAAUAAUAACACAAAAUGUUACCCUAAGCAAUGCAUAGGAAUGUAAAAUACUAAAACGGAACAAAAUUUUCAUCCUGGAUUAACGCUAAUCGACAUUUCAGGAACCGGGCCCUGGAUGAGUUAUGUCAAAAAUUUAACAUUUCACCAAACUGUCUUCAAAAACAGCUACAUAGCCUUAGAACGGUAUUGACAAGGAAAGUAAAAAAAGAAAUCACAGAAGGUCAACAAGCCAUUUUGUUUGCUGACACAGAAACACACUGUUGACCAAUCACAACGCAUGAUUUUUUCAAAGAGCCGCAACUUGCAACAUCGAAAUUUGUUGCGUGACAAGUUGAGAGGGAAGAUGGUAAUACGGGCAACAGCCCUUUUCAACUUGCAACGCAACAAUGUUGCGCGACAAGUUGUGCGAAAAUGUUGCCCGUAUUACUUGACCUUAAUGACUGACUGAUCUAGUUAUGCGCAAAGGAUUCUGGGAUCGCCAUGGGGCAAACAUCGUUUCUCCGUUAAAAGCGGUGUCUUUGGACAUAGAAUAACGCAUUUUUGCCAUGAUUUUGUGAGAAGCGGGAGUGACUAAUGUUGGCGCGUUGAAAUUGUAAGUUUUUGUGUGAUCAAUGCGAAAAAAUCUAUGGAUAAGUACUCCUUGCGUAGGGUUGACUGUAAAAUAAUAGUCCAAUGUGUUUUACUGACAUAAGCUUUGGAAGAUCAAAACUUGGUACUCCAAUCAUGUAGCAACUUCACGUUAAAACCCGAACUAGAACCAACUGUAAUAGCUUGUUUAGCAGGCAGAGAUGUUCAGGAGGUUUUGUAUACUGGAUUUUAUUUGUCCAAACACCCAGUAGCGAAUUCAAAGCGAUUACGAUUCUUGCCUGACAUCUGCAAUGACGAUAUUCACAAGACCCCCUUUUCCGCAAAAACUUAUACCGUCGUAAAUGAACUUCUAAAUGUUUGUAAAGAGAGAGCUGAAGCUUUGGUAAAAACUAUUCGUUGAGCUUUUUGACAGUUGUCUAUAAUUCUCCUUUCAUUAUUCGGGCCUCAUCCUGGCGACUGGUCUGUUCUUUGUCGCCAUUGUGUCAGCCCUUUUAAACAAAGUAAUUUCAGUCGACUCCCGAAAACUCGAACCUUCAAGGGAAAUAAAAAAAAGUUCUAGUUUUCGAGAGUUCGAGUUAUCGAGGGUAAAAUUAUGUGGAAAAUGAUCUGAAAGGAAUUGAAAAUUACUUCGAGUUAACGGGAGGUUUGAGUUAUAGAGGGUCCGAGUUACCGGGAGUCGACUGUAAGUUCGGACCAUGCUGAGAAGCCACCUACUUGCCACUGGUCCCAUUUUCAACGUAAGACGUUAUUGGUUUAGUUGAGAAAAUGGUGGGCGCAAUACAAAUACACCAGCCUCUUCUAAGCAGGCGCUCCCUUCCCUUUUCUCCGCUUUCGCGCUUUUCUCCUUCUCCCCCUCCCCUUUUAGCGUCUGCCACGCAGGCUAUAAUGGUCUCGAAAGACAUGGUACAAAUUCCCCGGGGGGCGGGUACUGCUGUAGCCUGCGAAAACAUCCGUUUCUCCUCGCUCUUCGCCGCUGGGGACGUUUCGCGCGAAACGUCCCCAGCUACGAACAGCGAGGAGAAACGGAUGUUUUUGCAGGCUAGUACUGCAGGGAAUUCUUGGUGGGCGUGUGCCGCCCAGUUCUCCAAAUCCUGACCCUAUUUCAGACCAAAAAAAUGUAAUUUGCCACACCCGUUUUCAGACCAGACUUCUAAAAUCCAUACCCGUUUUCAGACCUGGCCUUUAGGCAGAAAUUUUGUUAUAAUUACUUAGAUAAGAGCGCAAACAAAAAAAUUCCUCAAAUCCAAUUCGAAAUCGCAUAUUUCUCUUUCUUUCUUACUCAUUUGGAAUUGAAACGAUAAAUACGUUUAUGCACUCCCGUAGUUUCCUCAACUGACCAUACUCGAUUCCAGAACAAAAUGGGCAAAGUAUAUACCCGAUUUCAGACGAAAACGGCGCAAAAACCCUACCCGAUGGGGCGGCACUACCUAUACAGCUUAUAUAAGGGAGUAUUCUCCCCUUCCCUCCCCCAGGAGCCUUUCAAGUUGUAGUUACAUGUGAUGAUAUUUACAGUGAAACUACUCUCGGCUCGGCGGCGAUCACAACGCUCUGCUGGUUGUGACAACGAUCGAAGGUACUAGUAUGUCUCGAUAUGUUACUUUUUAAAACAAAAACAUAUUCACGUGUUCUUCAUGUACUGAUUCCCCCUUCUCGCCCAAAACACACGCAAAAUGUUUUGUCGUGAUCCAGUGCUACAUUGAGUUCUACGACCUUUUCAAAUCAUUUUGUGGGAGGAUAUAAAAACUCUGAAUGUCACACAUCUACGUAGAAUCUUAAUAUUUACACACUCACUGUUAUCUAAUCUUAAUAUCCGAAAUCUUAAAUAUUCGCUGUGCUGCGCUCACUCGUACGAUCUCUGCGCCCCAUCUACUCAUGCAUGAAUACCACGUACUUUCCACGAAAUAUUUCGUAGACAUUACUUUAUUUAUACCAACGUAAAGGAGGAUUUUUUGUCUUUAUGGCCACUUACAUACCUUCGAUGGUUGUUGUCUUGUCACAACCCGCACAGAGCUCGCAACCCAGCGUAGGACGCUCGUUGUAAAUAUCAGCACACGUGAUCACACUAACUAAAAAUCUCAUGUGAGCCAAUCCCCCUACAUUUGUACCUAAAUUAGUACCAUAAACCUUACGCAAGCAAGAGUGCUUAUCAGAAUUUAUCGCGUUAAUCCGCAGAAACUUCGUUUCUCACAUAAUUACGACAAUUAUGCACUAUUCUUUCUCCAAAGACACUGCUUCUGACGGAGAAACUACUUUACGCCAUACAUUCCUUUGUAGCGACUAGCAAUGUUGCUCGCUGGCGAUCCCAGAAUCCUGUGCGCAUAACAUACUUCCUCUUUUGGCUCUUACUCAUUCAUUUGUUCACUUAGUACUCGAUUUCAUUGAUGGACGGCAAACGUAACUUAAGUAGGGCUUUGUGAAUUAAAAUUGAUUUAUUUAUUUAUCUUUUCAGGAAGAUUUCUGUGAACAUAUAGAGGACGGAUAUAACUCAGUUUUCCCCCAACAAAAUUUAAUGCCGUCCACAGGAGAGAUCACCGACGUGGUUCACCAACUGAAGACCACUUUUUUCAUAUAAAUUAAAGGAACUGUUUUGUUACCUGUGUAAACGCGAUUUGCACCCGAACAAGAAUUUAACGAGGAAUUUAUCGAAGAAUUUAACGAGGAAUUUAUCGAAGAAUUAACCUAGAAUUUAAUCAAGUG